GACUUCAUUCACACCUCUGUGCCAACUUAAAUUCGAGGCUCAGUAUUACCGAACAAAUAUUAAUCAGACUAUCGAACAACGAUUAAUCGACGAUUUUUAAAAGACUGCAUAGAUUUCUUGCAUUGGUAUUGAUUUUGUUACGUGAACUUUUUUGAUGGAGCGUUCUGAUAAGUUAGUGCCGGAAAAUUAUUACUCAGUUCUUGGCCUUUGUUCUGACUCGUCUGCGCAAGAUAUUCGACGUGCCUAUCGCAAGUUAGCAAUGCAAUGGCAUCCAGAUAAGUGGAGUAAAUCACCGGAACUGUGCGGCGUGGCGAAGCGUAAAUUUCAGCAAAUUCAAGAGGCCUAUUCAGUGUUAUCGGAUUCGAAGAAAAGGAAGAUGUAUGAUGCAGGAUUGUAUGAUCCUGAUGAUGAAGUGGAUGAGGGAUUUGCGGAUUUUGUGGAGGAGAUGGCAUCUCUUAUCCAUAAGACUAGAAGAGAGGAAAGACAAUACAGCAUGGAGGAACUACAGAGUAUGUUUUGGGACAUGGCCCAAAGUUUUGAGAUUCCAGACUUGUCUACAUCUUCGCAGGAAGAGGCGUCUUGGUUCAAUAAUCCACAGAAGCAGACAUUUGGUUACGAAUCUUCUCAGUGGUUUUGUUGGCAGUCCCCUAUGGAUGAUACAAGGACCGCAAAAAGGCCUCGAGCAACAUAAAUUUUGUUUUAACACAUACAAAAAGUUGAACCUUAAGGCAUGAUGCACAUCAGCACAUGCUUGAAAAAAGCCAUAAUACUGAUCACAGCUGCAAUUUUAUUGUGCCACCUAUCUCUGUAAAUAGCUGGUAUGCUUUCAUUUCCCCCGUCAGUAACACGGAACAAAGAAAUCACACGAAGUGUGUGUUGGAAGCAUCAGCAAGAAGGGAAACCCAGGGGAAGUAGUAAAGAGUUAGCUUCAGAAAGUUAAAUCAAUGUGGUGGACUUGGCUCUUCUUUGUGUGACGGCAUUAGAUGCAAUGGCGAGUUGUUUAAGUCGUCUUCUUCAACGCCGAAGUGAAAAAACUGUUUCUGUUUCCCUUCCAAUGUUCUUGUUUUUUAAGUUUCUCUCUGUACUUGUUAAACUGAAGUUUUGAAGUAUGGAUUGCCUGUUGAUUUUAA